UCCAUUCCCAACAAAAAAUCAAAGGCCCACAUCUCCAAUCCCCGCAAUGCCGUCGAUCCCCGAAGAGCCCCUUCUCGCCUCUAAUCCCGAUCGCUUCUGCAUGUUCCCGAUCCGAUACCCCCAAAUCUGGGAAAUGUACAAAAAGGCCGAAGCCUCGUUCUGGACCGCCGAAGAGGUGGACCUCUCCCAAGAUAUCGUCCACUGGGCCACCCUCUCUGCCGACGAGAAGCACUUCAUCACCCACAUCCUCGCCUUCUUCGCCGCCUCUGACGGAAUCGUUCUCGAAAACCUCGCCGGCCGCUUCAUGAAGGAGGUCCAGGUCGCAGAGGCCCGCGCUUUCUACGGCUUCCAGAUCGCAAUCGAGAACAUCCACUCCGAGAUGUACAGCCUCCUUCUGGAGUCCUACAUCAAGGACUCCACCGAAAAGGCUCGCCUCUUCCGUGCGAUCGAGACCAUCCCCUGCGUUGCGAAGAAGGCCGAUUGGGCGUUGAGGUGGAUCGACGGCUCGGAAUCUUUUGCCGAACGUCUGAUCGCCUUCGCCUGUGUGGAGGGGAUCUUCUUCUCCGGGAGCUUCUGCGCCAUCUUCUGGUUGAAGAAACGCGGUCUGAUGCCAGGUCUCACAUUCUCCAACGAGCUGAUCUCGCGCGAUGAAGGUCUGCACUGCGAUUUCGCUUGCUUGCUGUACGGGAUCUUGAAUCACAAGCUCAGUGAGGAGAGGGUGAAGAGCAUUGUAUCAGAUGCCGUCGAUAUCGAGAGGGAGUUUGUAUGUGAUGCUCUUCCAUGUGCGCUUGUUGGGAUGAAUGGCCCACUGAUGGCCCAGUACAUCGAGUUCGUUGCCGAUCGUCUUCUUGGAGCGUUGGGAUGUGGGAAGAUGUACAAUGCAUCCAAUCCGUUCGAUUGGAUGGAGCUGAUCUCAUUGCAGGGGAAGACGAAUUUCUUUGAGAAGAGGGUGGGUGAGUAUCAAAAGGCAUCUGUUAUGUCCAGCUUGAAUGGGGAUGGUGGGGCCCACGUUUUCAAGAUGGAUGAAGAUUUCUGAUGUGCGGUGGAUCUUGCAUUUGUUUAAUUUUUAUUGCUUUUUAAGGAGAAUAGUACGAAGAAAUAUAAUAGUUUUACAAGGGAUUGUAUUGAAGGUUUGGAUUAACAUGCAACCCAUCAUGGAUUUUUAA